AUGUUUUUCAAAGCUACAACAGAGAGCCAACAAAAGGAGUUGGAUAAAAUAAAGAAGGAUCAAGCCGUAUUGAAUGAGGCAUACAAUAAAUUGUAUAUGGAUUAUGUGCAAUUAAAAAAUGCUACAGGAAUGUCAAAUCCUCCCCUAGUUCCUUCAGGUGCAAUGGUUGCCUAUCGACCCUCUAUUGCCACAAGAGAUGCUUUCCAUACAUAUGAGAUAACAAAUCUAAAGGAAAAAGUUGAAGAUUAUGCAGGACUAGAACAUUUAGAGGAGUUAUUGCUCAAGGAGGUCAUGCAAAGUACUCUUAAGCAUGUGCUAAAGACGGUUAUAAGUAACAUGGAUGAUGUUUACAAUUGCUAUCAAUAUUUGUUACAGGCUACCCAACAAUCAAUUGAUGAUGGUAAGAAAUUGCAAAUGGAGUCGGCGAAGUGGUACUCGGCCGAAUCUGCGUGGCUUUACGUGGAGCCUGCGUGGAGGGCAUGUGGGGGGGCUCGGCCGAGUAGGACUUGGUCAAGUACCACUCAGUCCGGAAACUGUAGCUGGGCACCAAUUUUUAUUAGGAAAUCAAACUUCAAGCUUCCUUCGGAUCCUAUGGUUCCAAUCAUCAUGGUCGGACCUGGCACAGGCAUUGCACCGUUCAGAGGUUUCCUCCAGGAAAGGGCUACUCUGCAAAAAUCUGGAUUGCAGCUCGGCCCAGCCGUCCUUUAUUUUGGAUGCAGAAACAGCAAAACGGACUUCAUCUAUGAGGAGGAGCUAAAUCAAUUUGUUAAAGAAAGCAUUCUAUCUAGAUUGAACGUAGCCUUCUCCAGAGAAGGUGCCCAAAAAGAAUAUGUGCAGCACAGAAUUCUAAAAGAGGCUAGCUAUAUAUGGGAGCUCAUUUCCCAAGGUGCGUAUUUUUAUGUAUGUGGUGAUGCAAAGGGCAUGGCAAAGGAUGUUCAUCAGGCUUUGUUGAACAUUAUUCAACAGCAGAAGUCUAUUGAUGGCAAUGAAGCAGAUUCGGUAUUGAAAGAACUUCAAUCAGAAGGAAGAUAUUUAAGGGAUGUAUGGUAA